UAUGAUUUGAAAAAUAAUGUCCAAAAUGUUGUCUAAAGUGAAGACAGUGUUAAUAGACUUGAGCGGAACCAUUCACGUGGAGUCCAAUGAGAUUCCCGGAGCCAUCGAUGCCCUCAAUCGAAAAGAGGAGAUCUUUAGCUCAUUAAUGGCCGCAAAAGAAUUGAUUCAAAAACUUAAUCUCAAACCAUAUCUGAUGCUCGAAGAAGAGGCCAAAGAGGACUUUGGAGACAUUGAGUGCGUAAACAGCGAAGAGGAGAAUGGUAAUGGAGUUGUGAUCGGUUUGUCUCCCAAACAAUUCAAUUACGAGUCAAUGAAUAUCGCGUUUCAGAUGCUAUUAAAGGGCUCGCAAUUGAUUGCAAUCAAUAAAUCCAAGUAUUAUAAGACGAGUAAAGGUCUUCGUUUAGGCGCCGGGCCUUUCGUCAGCGCUCUUGAGUUCGCCACCGGACAGACCGCUCAGAUUGUGGGCAAACCUAAUCACCAGUUCUUUCUGCAGGCUUUGGAACCGUUUGACUGCAGACCCGAAGACAGUGUUAUGAUUGGAGACGACGUUUGCGAUGACAUCGGAGGCGCUCAGGGCUUAGGAAUGGCCGGCAUUUUAGUGAAGACCGGGAAAUACCGUUUGGGAGAUGAGAACAAAAUCAAUCCUUUGCCUCAUUAUGUUUUGCCAUCUUUUAGUGAAGCC